AAUCACCUCUGGGUUUUUUAUUUUUUCUUAAACAAACCAAAAACCACUGAAAAUUUGGGGAAAAAAAGUUUUUUCUUAGUUUUUGUUAUAAAAUUUUGUAAAUAAGUGAUUUUUCUCCUUCACUGAUGUGCGCUAAUGAGGCUGCAGUGAUAGACACUGAUAGGCUGCAGUGAUGGACACUGAUAGGUGGCACUGAUGGGCACUGAUGAUGAGGAGACACUGGUAGGUGGCACUGAUGGGCAUUGACACAGGCAU